AUGUCCGUUGCGGAUGUUGCUUGGAGGCGGGUUAGUCAAGAAACGGUUCGGCCCGCUUCCUGUUAUUUCAAUAACCAAGCAGCGGUUGACUCCAUCUUGAUUUACCUUUCAAUUCCCGGUUCGGUGAUCCCGAUGCGAGUCCUGGAGUCCGAUCCCAUUACUUCGGUCAAGCUUCGGAUCCAGACGUGCAAUGGGUUUGUAGUGAAGAAACAGAAGCUUAUUUUCCAAGGCAGAGAAUUGGCUCGUAACGAUUCGCUCGUUAAAGACUACGGCAUAAAAGGUGGUAAUGUUUUGCAUUUGGUCUUAAAACUUUCUGAUCUUUUGCUCAUUACUGUACAGUCAAGUUGUGGUAAGGAAUUUGAACUUCAUGUUGAUCGGAAUAGAAAUGUUGGGUAUUUGAAACAAAGGAUUGCCACUAAAGGGAAGGGAUUUAUGGAUGUUGAUGAACAAGAAAUAUUUUGUCAUGGAGAAAAAGUAGAUGACCAGAGGUUAGUUGAUGAUCUAUGCAAAUAUAAUGAUGCUGUGAUUCAUUUGGUGGUCCACAAAUCAGCCAAAGUUCGAGCUAAGCCUGUCGAGAAAGAUUUGGAACUUUCGGUUUUCACCGAGUUCGAUUCAGAUGAGCGAAGAGGAGGGAUUGUAGGAGGUGAACAAGACAAACCUGAGGUGCUUCAUAGGGAUUUUUGGUUGGAACCUGUUCUUGUAAAUUCUAAGGUGAAACUGCCUUUCUUUGUAUGGGAUAUGAUAUAUGCCACAUUCGAAGGGUUGCUGGUAGGGAAUCGGCCGAUCAGGUCAUCCGAAGGGAGCGGAGGGACUUACUUCAUGCAAGACAAGUUCGGUUUCGAUUAUGUGUCCAUUUUUAAGCCUAUAGAUGAGGAGCCAAUGGCUGUAAACAAUCCACAGGGGUUACCUGUUUCAACAGAUGGUGAAGGGUUGAAAAAGGGUACCAGAGUUGGAGAAGGAGCUUUAAGAGAAGUGGCUGCUUAUAUACUAGAUCAUCCCAAGAGUGGACCACGAUCUUUGUCCGGCGAGAUGUUGGGGUUUGCUGGUGUACCUCCUACCUGCAUGGUUCGAUGCUUGCACGAAGGAUACAAUCAUCCCGAUGGAUAUGAAUGUGCACCCGAGAAUGUUAAGGUUGGAUCCUUGCAGAUGUUUAUGAACAACUCUGGGAGUUGUGAGGAUAUGGGACCCGGAGCAUUCCCUGUAGAGGAAGUGCACAAGAUCACCGUGUUCGAUAUAAGAAUGGUGAAUGCUGAUAGGCAUGCUGGGAAUAUCUUGAUCGGGAAAGGGGACGAUGACCGGACCGUUCUGAUUCCAAUCGAUCACGGCUACUGCCUGCCUGAGUGUUUUGAGGAUUGCACAUUUGAUUGGCUCUAUUGGCCACAGUCAAAGCAGCCUUACUCUUCAGACACCACUGCCUACAUAAAAUCACUGGAUGCUGAACAAGACAUUGCACUUCUGAAAUCGUACGGCAUGGACAUUCCUCUCGAGUGUUCUCGAACACUCCGUAUAUCCACCAUGCUUUUGAAGAAAGGGGUCGAACGAGGUCUCACUCCAUUGUCCAUCGGAAGCAUUAUGUGCAGGGAAAACAUAAACAAGGAAUCUGCAAUCGAGCAGAUCGUUCGAGAAGCUCGGGAUUCGUUACUUCCGGGCAUGAGUGAAGCUGCAUUUAUUCAGAGCAUUUCAGAGGUGAUGGAUACAUGGCUUGACAAGCUUGCAAAUUGAAUUUAAUUGGUUCUUUGUUAUCCACAAAAAAAUAACUAGGGGCGCACAAUUCAUUGGCUGCAUUCACAUAAUUAUCAGUCCAUUUUUUUUUCUUGGACUGCAAAUUGUGAGAAUAUAGAUGGCUAAUCCAGGGGCCGCAAGCUUUCAAUUUUCUUUUUUUUUUUUCUUUUACACUGUCAAGUUUUUACUUGAUAUGCAAUCAGUAUAUGGAAUGGCGUCAAGGAUGAAUGAGUAAUUUACUCUGCUAAGACUCCAUAGAUGACAGGGUUGUAUAGCUCAAAAUGAGCAAUAAAACCUGUACAUAUUGGUCUU